AUGAGUGACUUAAAGGCAGAGCUUUCUCCUUCCACUGUUUUGGAAACACCAAAUUCUUUUUCAAAGCUGUCUAAAGUAGAUAGAAUAAAGAAAUUUAAAGAGUUACAAAAGAAAAAAGAGGAUGCAUCCCGAAUAAAUAGAAAGGAGCUUAUUGAGGAGGACAAACGAAAUAAAUUACCUUCCAACUGGCAAUCAAAGCAGAGACGGGUCGAGUGGGAGCUGAAAGAGGCAGCCGCUGAAGAAAAAGCUAAAAAAGAAGGUUAUGACUAUAAAAGAUUGAAAUAUAUGGAAACAAUGGCCUCUGAUGCUUUAGCUGAACACAGAAAAGCGAAAAAACGAGCUGCCUACGCCGAUCCCGGAUUUUCUGACUACCGACAAGCUGCUAUAAGAAGUUAUAAGAAAAAAACAAAGUUUAUUAACAUUGAUUCAGAGGAAUAUAAUCAAAAUAAAGAGGAAUGGGGAGAGGACUUUUAUGGAGGAAGUGCAGGCCUUAGUUAUGGUCUAGCUGGAGCGAAUCCGAGUGAAGCCGCUAUUGAUCGCGUCGUUGCUGAUGUUAAAAAAUUAGAUGAAAAACGAAAGAACUUUAGCAGGCGGCGUGCUUUUGAUGAUGACGCUGAUAUCGAUUACAUCAACGAGAGAAACAGACGCUUUAAUCAAAAACUGGAGCGUAUUUAUGGACAGCACACAGCAGAGUUAAAGCAAAAUUUGGAACGAGGGACUGCUUUAUAGCCCCCUUUUUAUUUUUGGAUCUUUAUUUUUCAGUGAUCUUUUGAAAUUAAAUUUUAGUAUCUAUUUUAUUGUAGACGAAGUUUUAAUUUCUUUGUGAGAUCUGUUUGCGGAGAAAAAAGUAAACUUCAGAAUUAAUAAACUUAUUAUCGCUCAACUGCGCUGUAGACUAUUAAACUUCAAAGAACUGGAUCAGCGUGGAAUUGGGACUGAUUAGU